ACCAUUUUCGUCUGCUACACACGAUAACGGUGCCUUCAUCUCUUCAUCUAAUCGCCGUCCCUAUGUGUGCCUUCUGCUGGACUACACGUCAAGCCAACUACCGUGUCUUAUAGAAGAAUGAAUGCCGUGCGAGCACGUAUCUCUCAAAUAUCGUCCAUUUUUAAGAAGCGCCCGCUUUUGGCCAACGUAGUUUCUUACUCGACCUUGUACGUCAGCGCAGAAUUUUCGCAACAAACUAUCCUCAAACGGUACGAUGAAUCUCGUAAAAACUACGACUGGAAGCUUCUUCUCCGCUACAUGAUCUUCGCUGGCACCGUAUCUGCGCCUUUCUUGAACUACUGGUACCGGUACUUGGACCGCGUCAUACCCACGAAGGGGCCCAAGACGGCUAUCCAGAAAGCACUCACCGACCAAGCAGUGUCAUCGUCCAUUAUACUGGCUACUUUCUACCCUGCCAUGAGUGCAAUGGAGGGCAAGGAAGAUAUCUUUGAAGAACUGCGAGCAAAAUUCUGGCCCACAUACAUGUUGAGCUGCUGCUUCUGGAUUCCAGCGCAGUGCGUCAACUUUUUUCUCAUGCCUCCUCAUUUACGUGUGGUCACAGUUGGCGUCUGUUCGUUUGCUUGGGUCAAUAUUCUGUGCAUCAUGAAACGCAAGGACCAUACCAAGAUGACGAAAUCCAGCGAAUGAAAGCUGUCCGGAAUUUGCGUGGUUCACUCAAGUAUCAUCGUUGCAGCUGGCUUUACCACUUAUGAGUCUAUGCAAGUUCUUUGGAAGACGCUUUCCACAUCAUUAUGAAAGCACGCGGCAUUUUAAUAUACUUCACUGCGCAAUAAUAAAUAUAUUUUUUCAUGUU